AGGCUGGUCCAGGACGGGCGACGCUAUGUGGCCGAAUCCAAAGUCCUCCAGCUGUGUGAAGGAAUUGGGAUACGCAAGUACAAGAAAAGGGACCUGUUUGUAUUCAACGACAUACUUAUGUGUGUAGCAGUGGAUUCGGACGAACCGGAUUGCGCUCUCGAGUUCAAGUGGUUGUUACCGCUGCACGACUCAAUCGUGAGCCUUUUGAGCGAACAUGCAG